CUAUUUUCAGCAGCGGAUGAAUCCACAUGUGGUGCUACACAAACAAUGUGACCCGAGCGCAGCAGUGGGGCUCACUGGUGGGUUUAAUAGUUUCUGUGGCUCAGAGGAGACAUCAGCAUGUUGUGUUGUCUACCACUGGAGGGCGCUGUACCCGGGAACACGUUACUGUCCUCACCGUUUUCCACCUGUUCAUGUUUCACUCGUCAGUCAUGAAUCUGAGCAGCUUUAGGACCCAGAGCAGAGCAGCUGUCAGAGUCGUCCGUGCUGUAAAUAUAGCAGCGUGUGUGUGUUUGGAUCGGAGCAGUUGGGGGUCAUGAGGAGACCUGAACAGACCGGAUCAACCUGACCGGCUCCGUCCUCAGUCUGCAGGACCAGAAACAGGAAACACCUUCCUCUAAAACCCAGAGAGAGAGAGAGAGAGAGAGAGAGUUGACCUGAAGAUCAGCUGGCAGCUGCUGGUGGCAGAUACCUGUGGACGUCAGCGCCUGAGUAAGGAAGCCUGUGAGGGUCAGUUCUCAGGAUGCUGCAGCUGUGUAAAGUCACCAAGGCCGUGUUCAUCAGUAACGCCCGCUCGGCCUGCAGCGACGAGCUCAUCCAGCAGGAGGCCGUGACGCUCUGCAUCAACGUGUCCAAGCAGCAGCCGUUUCCCUCCGCCGGCGUCAAGAAGCUGCAGGUCCCGGUCUACGACGACCCGUGCGAGGACCUGUACAGCCACUUCGACCGCUGCGCCGACGCCAUCCAGAAGGAGGCGAACCGCGGGGGACGCUGCGUCGUCUACUGCAAGAACGGCCGCAGCCGCUCCGCCACCAUCUGCAUCGCCUACCUGAUGAAGCACCGCAAACUGACUCUGGCGGAAGCAGUGCAGAAGGUGAAGACGGCUCGUCACGUGAUCGAUCCGAACCCCGGCUUCCUGUCUCAGCUGCAGCGGUACGAGCAGGAGCUGAAGAAGAGACGAGGAGAGACGGACUGACGGACACAAACCAGACAGCCGGCAGGUGAACGACGUCCUCUCCGUCCACCUUCACUCUGUCUGUUCUGACUGAAUGGACACGAAACCCAGACAGACACAAACUACAUAAAUUCACUUCUUUUAAUGGGUUUGAAAUAAAAAUAUUUAACAAAACAUUAUAUAAUAAGUAGAGAGUUGCAGCUACUUCACAUAAAUCAGAAACAGUUAAAAGGCCGAAUUCUGUGAAAUAACUCAAAUAGACUGAAAAGAAAAGAGACAAUAACGUUAACUCUUCAAAUAAUAACUUUAUUCGCACAGCACUUUUAUUUACAUGAUUACAAAGUGAUUAAACAUAAAAUAAAAAGACAGUGUCCGUAAAUAAAAAACAGAAAAGUAAAAUAAUAUCUGUGAGAUUUUAAAAUGUGUGUUUUUAUCUGAUGUUUAAAUAAAUGUAAACAGUAGUUUAUUCUACAGUUUGGGUGCCAUGACAGUAACAUGUAAACUUAAAACUGGUUUCCAUAAGUGCUCAGUAGGUCAGAAUUAUUAUCCUCUCCA